AUGGCACUUGUCUUGAACAUCAAAGAAGCCGACUACCUCGUCCUCGGUAUUGGUAGUGGCGGUAUCGCCUCAGCACGACGAGCCGCAAAACACGGUGCCAAGGUUAUUGCGGUCGAGUCGAGUCGCUAUGGCGGUACCUGCGUGAAUGUGGGCUGCGUGCCCAAGAAGGUUACGUGGAACGCUGCUGCAAUUGCGGAAACCUUGAAAGACGCAAAGGCAUAUGGAUUCCAAGUUCAAGAGCAGCGUUUGUUCGACUGGCCUGUGUAUGAGAAAAAUCUGGACAAAGACGGGAUCCAACACUUCAGGGGACGAGCGAAGUUCGUUGGCAAAAACGAGGUUGAGAUUGCCCUUGAGAACGGAGGCACCCAGCGCGUCAAAGCGAAGCACAUCCUCAUUGCGACAGGCGGCCGACCAAAGAAACCCGAAAUUCCUGGAAGUGAGCUCUGCAUCGACAGUGAUGGCUUUUUCGAUCUUAAUUCACAACCAAAGAGCAUCGCGACGAGUGGUGCAGGAUACAUUGGUGUCGAGAUGACCGGUAUGUUACACUCACUGGGAUCAAAAACAUACUUCUCCAUACGUGGUGACAAGCUUCUACGAACCUUCGACCCCAUGAUUCAGGAUGCCAUUACAAAUGAAUACGAGCGUCAGGGCAUCAGUCUCUACAAGGGCACAUCGAUUAUCAAGGUCGAGGACAUCGGUAAUGGGAUGAAGCGCGUCACUUUCCGAGAAUCUGAAUCGAAGAAGGAAUCAACCGUCAAAGUCGAAGCCGUCCUAUUCGCAACCGGCCGCGACCCCGAGAUCGAAGACUUCCACAUCAAGGACUUCGACAUCAAACUCAACGACGAGAACCACAUUGUAACUGACGAGUACCAAAACACCAAUCUGGACAACAUUUACGCUAUCGGUGACGUUUGCGACUGCGGCUUCCAACUGACCCCUGUCGCCAUCGCUGCGGGUCGGCGCCUGAGCGACCGCCUCUUUGGCGGCAGAAUUGGCGCGCAUCUCACCUAUGAGAACAUUCCCAGCGUCGUCUUUGCGCACCCCGAAAUUGGUUCCAUUGGGCUCACUGAACCCGAGGCGUGUGAAAAGUACGGUGAUAAGGUCAGAACCUACAGGAGCGAGUUCACGGCGAUGUACUUCGUCAUGAUGGAGCAAGACGAGAAGCAGCUUACGGCGUACAAGAUUAUUUGCGUUGGCGAGGAGGAGAGAGUUGUUGGUCUGCAUAUCUUAGGUCAGGGGCAGCAGCGAGAUCCUGCAAGGUUUCAGCGUAGCGAUCAGUAUGGGCGCUACGAAGCAUGA